AUGAAUCACAACAUCAGAUAUUGCCUUUUUGCAGUUCUGCGUCACAGUGUUUCACUUCCAUUUGUUUUCUACGCUGUUAAUUUGCAAGCACAAAAACCUCUUUGGAGGUUGAACUUCUCAGCGAGUUUGAUUUUAGCAGAAGCCUGUAAAGCAUUUAUUGAAGACAAGGCGUCUUUCUGAAGGAAGAGAACCAACUGCAGGGGGUAUGUCACACAGAACCACCGCAUCACCUGUGCCCUCGCAGCCGAGGAGGCUGCCUGCACCCUCGCCUACCUCAUGACAUUGCACAAAGAGUUAGAGCCCUUUGAGCUUUUCUUCAGGGAGCUGUUCGUGCUCCAGAAUGUCUACUGUGCUCAUGUGGAUGUCAUUCAAGGAGCCAUUUCCCUUCCAGCAGGCAGAGUCUUUCUCGGCGCCUCCCUCAUUUCCUGGGCAAAGAGGGUGGUCUAGGGCAGCACCUCCCAUCUGUGGGCUGACCUCCACUGCAUGAGAGACCUGCUUGGCCUUGGCCAUGCCCUGGUGCUCCUACUCAACACCUGUGGCCAGGACCUCUCCUUGAAGCACAACAGGGAGAUCAUCCAGCUGCUGAAGGGCCUUGGGGGCAAGAACAUCACACCAGAGCUGCCACCUCCCCAGGUCACCACCUGCACCAAAUAUAUGCACAGGGAGAAAUUUUAGUCUUCCUUUUCUUUCACGCUGUGGACAUUUGUGUGCAAAUGGCCUCUGACCAUCUGUUUUGGCUCUGUGUCCAUGGCCAUCACCUGGCCCUUUGUGGGGUUCUUGCUGUAGGACCAGCGUGCUCUCCAUCUGCUGGCAUGAUCCUAGGACACCAACAGCCCUGAGGGCACUCCUGGGUGA